CAACUGUGGUAGGUUGUGAGGCGUUACGUUUAGGGAAGCAACUUGAGUGAAAUUGUAAGGUUGGGCGCCGUCGAUAGAGUCAUAUCGUUGUCGGCGGUCGCGCUGCAUAAUUCUUAUUUGUGUAUUGUUGCAGUGAAAUAUUUAACAUUUAAAAAGCAAUAUAAAUGGGUGCCUUUUGCAAAUGAUUUUGUGCGGAUUUAUGUAAACAUAUUACUGGCCCGAAAUUGCUUUUCCCCCUUUAAUUAACUUGCUUAGUUUUUUUUGUAAUAUUGAUGGCAAUCCGUCCUUCGUUAGUUGGCUUACUAAAUAUUUACUGCAUAUCGAAGUCAAAGUGUAUCAGCACGAUCGUGCCGCCUGUUAAUUCGAUGCGGCAGGCUGACUUUUUAAAAUCUAGCGGUAUUCCUCGUUAACGUGGAGAAAUAACAUCCGUGGCUGUCCGGUGGUGUGAUUUGUGUAGUUUGGGGGAUAAGUAAGUGUUUGCUCGUUACUGUGCGGCCACUUCGGGCUUUUGCUCGCCCUCCUCUCGUCGCAUACCGAUAGCAGGCUGAUGGGGCUCGAUCCGAAGCAGCGGCAUUGCCCGGUGCAUCGGAAACGGAGCUAGUUUUACUCCGUGACCGGAGCCGGUGCACGCCCGCUUGGAAAAGCUGUUUCGGCCGGCGAAAAGCGAUCGGUUAUCUGUCCAAUGGAAGAAGAUGCGAAAGCUGCUUGCAAAGCUCCUCAAAGCAAUUCCCAUCCCAGUCUCCAGCCUCCUCCUCUUGUCACAUGCAGGGUGCUCACUGAUGGGGGAAGGAGCAAAGCAAGGAGGAGGAGUGGUCGUCUUCAGCUGGCCAAGGAGCUCCAAGGUGCCAUACAGAAGAGGACGAGGUCCUCUUCCUCCCUCGCGAAGAGGAUCUCCAGCAACACGGUACAGGUUCCAAAGUCCUUGUCUGUGAAGCUAAUAAGGAUUGAUUCCCCACUUAAGAAUCAGAAGGAGGAUUCAGCAGACAGCACUAGAAGUUGCAGCAUACAAGAUCAAAGUGGAAUGAUCAUGUCCACUGGGGGACACGGCUCUAAAUUUGUGGAGUCUGCUGCUUCCAUAGUUCAAGAAGAGGACUCUGCCACUGGAAAUUUUAAGACUGGGCUGGAAGCUGGUGAAACAGAAAGUGGUCUAGAACAGCCCAAACCUCCUGAAAGUCCUUCUCCUGUGAAGCAGUGGGUAAUUGGUCCCUUGUUGCAGACAUUCAAAUCGAAGAUGGCAAGUUUCACCGAAAUCGUUAUGACUCCGGUCAGGUUUUUCAAAACGAGCCCUUCGUCCUCGGCCUGCAGCGACAACCCAGUUCUCACGAAUCCCAGCGAGGACUCUGAUGGCUACUCAAGUGCCCACAAAGGACUCCAUUCAGAGCAAAAAACUGAAGGAGAGCAGAAAGGAGCAGAGAGCAGUAUCAAAAUGUUGACCAACAAAGAACUCCAAAGAGAGAUCAGCACAGGAAUCAUAAAUAACUGCUGCACAGAUGGAGAACUGAACUGUGUUGUCCGCAGGUCGUCUGCAAUACAGAGAUUAAACUUUGUGGCAGAGGCCAAUGUCCAAAGCUCUGUUCAAGAGCAGGAUUUUGCCCUUUUUGAUGAACAGAACAGUGAUGGUGUUGCUGUGUAUGAAAUAGAUGGUCUGAGGGAUUCUGAUGACCAAGUAGCUUCUGUUAGGCAGGGUGAGCAGGAGCUUCAUUCAGAUCUCUGUCUACAACAUAGAUCUGGUGCGGAGAAAGGGAUAGAUUCCCGGGUGGAUUCCUCUUCUGAGAAUUCCUGCAACACUAGGCUCAGUUUAUCCUUAAACCCUGGCACACCGGAGCAGAUGGAGGCAUGUAUUCUGUUGAGAAGGUUGGACCGUAAACGUAUGCUUGAGCUUGACUCCUCUCCUGAAGGUCCUCGCAAACGGUUGCCUUUGUCUGCUGUGGAAGCCGGUUUGGUUUUUUCAGAAGUAUCAUCGGUCCUCUCUGAGCUGAGGGAGGGGCAUACCCUCAAAGAUUCCUCAGGGCCUGUAACUCAUGAGACAGUUAUUAGCGUGGAGUCUGAUCACUUAACACCCUUAAAGUAUUACACACCCCCUGAUUCUCUCAGACUCUCUGAGGUUGAGGAGGCAGGUGUUGGACAGCUGAAAUUCUUGGACAGUGUUGAAGAUAGGCAGCCUUCAACCUUAACCAUCUCGUGGGACCAGAACAACACCGAUACUGAAAGAAAGGAAUGUACAGCUUCUCUUUCCUCACCGAGAAAAUCCUCUAUAUGGCCAGGAAAUAUGAGUGGACCCUCUGUUCGAAGCCAAGCAGAGGACAAGCUGCAGCUAAAUCACCUAGAGGUUUUGGCCUGCCCUCUACUCAGUCCUUUACUGAAAGGACCUUCUUCCACCGAAGAAAAAGUUGGAACAGAAAAAUCUUGGCGAGUCCAACCUGAAGAAGAUCAAAAGGCAGAUUGCAGAGGAAACAUAGCAAAGCAAGUUAAAGACAAUGAGAAAUUACUGGAAAAACAUGCUGGAGAAUUGUUAAGUGCCUCAACUGCAGAUGUCAGAACAGUGAGACAAGUGCAGAGGAGAAGCAAAAGGAUGUGUCAUGUCAACGUUGAGUGUCAUAGGGUUAAGGGCGAUGCUGUCAUAGUCGGCACACAUAAGCAAACUGCCUUGGGAAGUGGUAGAUCUGAAUCUCAAAGAGGAAGAAGAGCACAUAAAGGUUGGAGUAUAACAAGAAAAAAACAAAAAUCUCCUGUCACAGAGGUGGUGACUUCCACCAAGAAGCUCGCUGUUAGCUGCCCAAAGAACCUUCCCUCUGAUCUUACAGACGGCAGUGUUGGUAACAGUGGGUCUGACCACAGUAUCAACAGGAAUGUAACCAACAAAAGUAAUUGUUGUAAUAAAGGUAAAUUAUUGAGGUGUCCAGAGCCGCCUAAUGUUGCCAGAGCUGACUGCAGUCCAUGUACCUCGGAGGUGUUCACACCAUCUUUGACGGAUUGUACAAAAGCGUCGUGCUCGACUCAGGUCUCCACUACAAUGACUAUCACGAUAGCGAGGGAAAAGGAGGGUGCAAUGGUCCGCAGGGGUAUGUCAGACAGCAUGUGUCCCCAGGUACCAAACAUGAGAGAUCAAGGUUCAAAUCCAGACAUUGAGAUGGGUCUCACUGCAAAUUGUAAAGAGAGUCAGGUUGUGCAAAGGGACCUUGACUAUGCUCUACAGGCAAACAAUUUGAUGGAGGUGAGUAAGGAGACUGAUGGUGACCAAGCAGCGGUAAAUUUAGGUCAGCAGAGAGCUAGGAAACGAAAACUUAAGACCCUUUGUAGUGCAACAAAGGGACCUAAAAAGUUCUCUAAAGGACUGAGAGGGGCUGAUGGGGGCAGGAGUCAGGUUGUGGGCAUGGGGCGGCAGAUGGCACAAUCAGAAGGUUUAGAGAAAAACAGCGAGAUUGAAGGAGGAACACUGGAGAGUAGAGAUUCCAGUGCUACAGAACUUCAUCCAAAAGAGGCAGUUGGUCAACACCUUGGUAAAGAUUCAAGUUCAUUCAAUACAAUGGCAGCACCAAAGAGCCCUUUCAAGAACUUCUCACCAUUUACCAGCUCUCUAACCCCAUCCGAUGACCCACUGAUGGCAAAAGAUAAGUCAGUGGAUGGGUGCACCUUGCGUGUAAUGGCUGACCAAUCGGACAAUGGGACUUCUGCUCCAACUGUGGGUGGCUUCUCACCAUAUUGUGAAGAGGAGAAAAAGGCUUUUUGUGCUCUUCACCUGGCUGCCUCAAAUGUUUUUGUGAAGCUCGAGAGAUUAGAGAUUGUAGAGAAGAAUGCCAGGGAGGAGGAAGAACCAGGGAUUGUGACCGGCUCCAUUGCAAGUGGUUCAGUAGAGCCGAGAAGAGGGCAUGGAAUAAAGACUACAAGGGAGCAGGAGGGGAGUGACAGUGCCAGGGUGGUGGGGCAGCAGCGGAAGGAGGCUGGUCUACCGAAGUGUCCCCAGCCUGGCACCCUGUGCAUUCUGGGAUAUACUCAAGGACCGUAUGAGGUACUGGAGUUGUUUUGA